GAAGAGGCCCGAGGAUUUCCGUGGUGAGCGGAAGCGGCGCUGCCGGAGUCGGACGAGCCCGAGGCAUGGCGGAGACGUCCUCGGAGCAGGAGGCGGAAGCCGAGGCGCUGGCCGCGGCACGGGAGCGGAGCCGGCUCUUCCUGAGCGGCCUGGAGCUGGUGCAGCAGGGCGCCGAAGCGCGCGUCUUCCGCGGCCGCUUUCAGGGCCGCGCGGCCGUGGUGAAGCAUCGCUUCCCCAAGAGCUACCGGCACCCGGCGCUGGAGGCGCGGCUCGGCCGGCGGAGGACGGUGCAGGAAGCGCGGGCGCUGCUCCGCUGCCGCCGCGCGGGUAUAGCUGCUCCGGUUGUCUUCUUCGUGGACUAUGCUUCUAACUGCUUAUAUAUGGAAGAAAUCGAAGACUCGGUGACUGUUCGAGAUUAUAUCCAAUCUACUAUGGAGACUGAAAAAGACCCCCAGUGCCUCCUGGGCUUGGCCAGGAGAAUCGGGCAGGUUCUGGCUAGAAUGCAUGAUGAAGACCUGAUUCAAGGGGACCUCACCACCUCCAACAUGCUCCUGAGGCGGCCCCUGGAGCAGCUGCACAUCGUGCUCAUCGACUUCGGGCUGAGUUUUGUUUCGGGACUGCCGGAAGAUAAAGGCGUCGACCUUUAUGUCCUGGAGAAGGCCUUCCUCAGCACCCACCCCCACACCGAGACGGUGUUUGAAGCCUUUCUCAAGAGCUAUGGUACUUCAUCCAAAAAGUCCGGGCCAGUACUGAAGAAGUUAGAUGAAGUGCGCCUGAGAGGGAGAAAGCGGUCCAUGGUCGGGUAGCAGAGUUGCCAUAGUAACUGUCUCCCGGGUGGUUCAGUACAUUUUCUCAGCACUGCAUGUUUACCUUGUUUCUCCUCGGAUCUCGUGGCAACUCAACCCUUCUUAUUCCCAGCAUUAUCUCAGUCUGGCUCUCCUGCCUAACGUCUUCCCUGCCUAGCUAUUGGUCAGUUAAGCUCUUUAUUAAACCAAUGGGAGCAACACAUUUUCACAAUGUACAAAAGGAUUAUUCCACAGAAGAAAGCCCUUGGGAUUGAGCCAGACUCCACAUAAGCACCCAGGGAGUGAUGGUCCUUGGUAUUCAUGAAUAAGAAGAAUUGAAAUCAACACCUUGGACAUCACACAAAUCAGAAGCAUCAUUUGAUCUCUGCCCGAGUCACCUUUGUUGCUUUGAAUCACUCUGACCAAAAACAACUGAGGGGAGAGAAGAGUUUACUUCAUCUCACACUCCCACGUCACAGUCCAUCACUGCAGGAAGGCACGUGAAGCAGAAACCACAGAAGAAUGCUGCUCAUUGGCUCAUUUGCUCUCUGGCUCAUGCUCAGCUGGCUUUCUUAUGCAUCCCAGGACCACCUGCCUAGGGGAUGGUGCUGCCUAAAGAGAACCGGGCCCUCCUCCAUCAAUUACUAAUGAAGACAGGCAGUCCCUCACAGAUACACCCACAGGCCAGUUAUAUCUGGGAAAUCCCUCUGUUGAAAUUCCUUUCUUAGGUGACUCUAAGCUGUAUCGACAGUUAAAGCUGACUGACAAUUCCCUCCAGAGCCUGAACUAUAGUUACAUGUUUCCACAAAGCUAACUCUUCUAUGGGUCAAGUAAAUACACAGAAGUCCCCUUGUGACAUAACUCACAAGCACCCCGACACCAUGGCCAAAGGAGUCAAGUUCAUAAAAUCCACUUUCUUCAUUUUACUUUUUCUUUCUCGCUUUUCUCUUUGGUGGUGGUGGGAUGUCCUAUAGCCCAACCUAGCCUCAAGCUUACCCUGUAACUGAGGUUGGUCUUGAACUCCUGAUUCUCCUGCUUCCACCUCCCAAGUGCUGGGAGUGCAGGCAUGUGUGCACACAAUAAGAAGCUUUAUUUCUUAUUAGAACUGCGCUAGGCUUUAAUUUAUCCCCUCCCAGAUUUUAUAUAUAUACUCUCAUGGUGGGUUGGGGAGAUGGCUUGGUUGGUAAGGUGCUUGCUAUGAAAACACAAAGGACCUGAGUUUGAAUCCAGCCCCAGCAAGGCAAAGGCCGAGGUGAAUCUCUCAAACUCACCAGCAGCAACCCAAUUGAUGAACUGCAGGCUGAAAGCAAUUGAGGAAGACACCAAUGCCAACCUCUGGUCUCUACAUAUAAAUGCAUGCUCAGGCACCUACCUGCAACUACCCCCAUGAACAUAUACAUACAAUACACACACACACACACCACACCACACCACACCAGACCCACAGACCCCACACCACCAGGUCGGGCCUAGCCCCAUACUCCCAUGUCAUUCAAGCUCAAGCAACAGGAUACCCUCCUUUUUCACUCCUGAGACAGGGCUUCUUAGGUAGACCAGGCUGGCCUUGAACUUCCAUCCUCUCCAUCAGCCUCACAAAUUCUGGGGCUCUAAGCACGCACCUCCACACCUGGCCGCCAUAUGAGAUGCUCUGAAGUCCCUAUAGUCUACGCAGCCAUAUCGAAAGUGCUGCACUUCUGGUUGGUCCAGGACGUUAACAAGAGAGCACGCAGGAUCUGGAGAGACAGCUUAGCCCUUGAAAGCUAAGGCUCACAAUUGGGAGAGUGAGUCUGCUUCCACUCCACCCUCCCCACCCCACCAAGAAAGAGGCCUUCUAGGCUGCAAAAGAACCAGUGGAAACAGAGCCGAGGACAUGAAGAAGCCUAACGGAAGUAGUAUUUUGCACAUGUCUAUGUGUGUGUGUAUAUGCAUGUUAACACGUAUAAAAGCAUAUGUAUGGGUAUAUGUGCACGUAUUUGUGUGCAUGUGUGUGGAGGCUUGACUUUGACACUGAGAGGCUUCCCCGCCACUCUCCACCUUGUUCACCGAGGCAGAGUCUCUCACUUGACCCGAGUUCACCCAUACGGUCAGUCUUACGCUGGGUACCCCUAUCUCCCCCUUCUGAGUCAUCAUGCCCAUCUGGUAUUUACAUGGGUUCUGGAGAUCUGAAUUCUGGUCCGCAAGUUUGCAUAGCAAAUGCUUUAUCCACUGAGCCAGCCACCUAAGGAAUUGCAUGUUAGCAGAAAUGGCAAGAUCAUUUCUCAUUACAGAGAAAAGCCCUGGCUACUCUUGUUCCAGAUCAGCUGCCCAAGAGCAGGAACCUCGUCUUAGGCAGCCAAGGAGCCAGCCAUGUGCUCCACAGUCAGACUGGCACAGACAAAGGGGUUCUACUGCCCGAUAUUGUGGGGUUCACCAUGCACAAUGACAAGACACCAAAGGGAAGGGUUGGGGUGAAUGAGGAUCACCGGGGGGAAAGGGGCUUCCUUCAAAAGCAAGAUACUACAGGAGACCAGAGAACAGACUGCGAGGCCGAAGUGGUCCACAUCCACCUUGUUUUAACUUCGGCACAGUGGCUGCGCCUUAAUCUACCACUGUUUCAGCCUGUAAUAGCAACUCCGCAGUUACCAGGCUGUACCAGUUACCCCGGUGCAGCCUGGUGGGAAUCCUGUUCCCGCAGGCACCAACUCUGUUGCUGCCACUAAAGGUGUCUUAAACUAAACGUAUCCUUCUGUUUAUAAAUAAGACUCUCAAGAUUCAAAGGCUGGGGUAAACACCUGCUAACUCAGAGAGACCCUGUCACAGUUAGCUAGCCUUUCUUUGCUGGCAUCUCUGAAAGACCCCUGCUUCGGCUUCGCCAAGCCAGAAAAAGCCAGAUGUCCCUCCAAGCAUCACCCUACUUCUUCCUGUGUCUCUCUGUCUCUCCUGGAUGUCCUCUGAGGCUCGAUGAUUACUUUCUGUCAACUAGUUGCUAAUGCAGCCUCCACGUUAAUUUGUUUAAUUAAUACAAAUGUGAACUUGGGGUUCACAGUAUGAUUGAACAUCGCCUACAACACAUGAAGACUGGGACCGAGGAACUAAGAGGUGUUCUUGCUCCCACCAACUGCGGCUACCAGCAACUGAGUGAAGUGUGGGGUAUCCCAGAAACGGCCAUGCACGGUGUUUCAGGCCUUCAAAAAUGCACGGGUCACACCCUGCCACCAUCGGAUAAAUGACAGUAAUACUUACUAGAAGAUUCUUCCAGUGCCAGGAUGUGAGGUGGCCUUGGUGGGAACAGGCGACCCCCCAACAGCCAUAAAAACCUAUGGCUUCUGGGUAGUGGUAGCACACGCCUUUAAUCCCAGCACUCAGGAGGCAGAGGCAGGCAGAUCUCUGAGUUUUAGGCCAGUCUGGUCUACAGAGUGAGUUCCAAGACAGCCAAGACUACACAGAGAAACCCUGUCUUGCAAAACCAAAACAAACAAACAAACCAAAAACAAAACAAAUGUAUGGCAACUCAGUCUUAGAGGAGGGAGACACCUCCUGCCAUCCCUAAUACAGAUGCUGGGAGCCAAGGCAGAGCCCUGGCUUCCCCUGGGCUCAGGUUCCAUCCUGCUGCAGGAAGAGUCCAACUCCUUCCUUGGAGCAUUUGAAGCCAGAGGCAAUUGGGGCUACACAGAGGCUGAGGGCUGGCUCAGCUGGGGCCUGUGAAGACCAAGCUCCCCUUCUAAAUGGAAACGGGAUGAACGCCUUUCUCUGCUGACUCUUCACACAGAGUGUCCACAGUGCGUUUGAAGAUUAACAAACAGAAUGUGACCGUGGGACUACGGGAGAGCUCGCUCUGUUAGCGAUAGUGCUCGCUGCUCUGUCGGAGGAUCAGAGUUCAGGCCUCAGCACACACGUCAGACGACUCAUGACCAAACUACUGUUCCAGGGAAUCAGAUGCCCUCUUCUGGCCUCCGUGGACACUCAGGUGGCGGACACUUACACAGGCCCAGGAAUAAAAUUAAAUGUUUAAAAAAAUGUGAAUGUCAACAGAAUCAAAAGAUCUAAGGUUGGCUUGGGUCUUUAAAAUCUGGGACUUAAAACUUGAACAAAGAAAAUGGAUUCUUUUUUAAAGAAUAACAUUCAUAAAUAAAGGGGGCAGUUCCCUUGAGGAGAAACUGCGACAAGCUAGUGAAGAUGAAGGUGCCAGGAUCAAAUGCACGACCCUGUGUACAAGGACUGAGCCCUGCACACAUGGAUACAAUGAAGGACAAGUCAGGAAAACCAAAGACAGGAUAUUUAGGGUCCCCAGACUGGAGCACGCAGAGGGAAAAAGGCAUGAAAAUGUGGAAGAAUCUGAAAUUCGCACGCGGACACCAAGUACUCUAAGGGUUAACAAGACAAAAGAAGGCGUGGGAAGAAGGAAACAUUUGAGGGGAGAAUGCCUGGGUCCAUGUCACAGCUGGAGAAGACAUGUCUCCACAGGUCCCAGAACCUCAGUGGACUCCGAAGAAACAGACACAAAGGAACCCUGGACCAAACUCAAACCAAGGCCACGACACCGAGAGAUCUUCCCAGACAGUCAGAGUUAAGAAGGACACCAUCAGCAGGGGACGGGGAUUAAAAACUGGCUAAGUUGUUACUGGAACCAUGGGAGAUAGGAGCACAAGGCCCUCCCUUCCCAUUUCUCUCUCUUGUGUAUUUU